AUGACCGAUAAAAAAGGAACGAAAGAGAUUAGCAAAGAGAUCGAGGCUACGGACCUCGGAUUCGGAAAUGAGCUUCUUAAAGACCUUAAAAGAAGACGGAUUACCGGCAACUAUAUCGGUAACCCUUUACCGAUUAAACUAUUAGCUAAGCAUAGUACGCUUGCGUACGGCACUUUAAGCGCUUUUAACGACGAUAACGAUGACUUCUUUAAGCUAAGAGCAGCAGACCUUUACUUAAGAGCGAAAGAAUUAACUUUGUUUGCAAGAAGCUUUUUUAAGGAACUAAAGUAUUCGAGACUCGACGAUGAUUUUAAAACUCAAUUAAAGAUUUUUGUUAACCAAGUAAGUCGAUACGGUUUGACCUCCGACGACUACUUGGCGGCGUUCUUUAUUAUGCUUACGAAAGAGGCUAUUACAUUUUAUUACAAUUACGUUAUUAAAGCUAAGCUUCCGAUAUUUAAAGCAAACGCUAUUGCGAGUCUUGCCGAUAAGCUAUAUUUAGCUUGUAAAAACGUGUUAGAAACGAUUAUUGCGCGGAUGAAUCUUGCUUUUACUUUUACCGCUGCAAUUGCCGACAUUCGCAAAGCUAUUGCAUUUGCAACUAAGACCUUUCGACUUCUUGUUAAAGCUAAAGCUUACGCGAGCUUUAACGAGCUAUACGAUCACACUUGCUCUUAG